UUUUAUCGAUUUCGAUAUCUACACUCUCAGAUAAGACGACGCCUACUACGGCCACAGAAUGAGACUUUAUUUUCUGGAUAUUUGAAACACUGAACACCAGUGAAGUUCUUUAAUUGGAUAUGAAACUCGUGGCCGAAAAGACGUCUUCUUAAAAGUGAAAACGAAAAACGUGAUAAUUCGCAGCGGGAAAUUUUAAACACAGAAGACACUCGCCAGCCGCUGACAUAUCCUUUUCGAAGGAUCUGCCUUGGACAGCUGUAGCGAUCGUACGGCUAACAUAUCCUUUUCAAAGGAUUUGCCUAAAUAGCUGUUACAAAAUUCCUUGUGCCUUGUGCGUGUGUGUGUGUGUGUACAAUUGCCUUCAAAAAAAGGAUAGCAACUUAGAAUAUGGGUUUCAAAACACAAUACGACAUUGAAGUGGAUUUUGAAGUGCCCAAAAAGAUUCCUUGGUACUAUGCACCCUUCUUUGCAGCAUUUUGGCUUAUUCUCUAUGUGGCGGUAGUGGUAACGCAAAUAAAUCACCUGCCAAAUGCUCUCAAUCACAAAGAUGAAAUUGACCAUCCUGAUGCCUUUAUAGCCGAAAGAGCGGAAAUGCAGUUGAUUAACUUAUCACGCAUCGGACCCAAGGUGGUGGGCAGUGAGGCCAACGAGGUGACAGCCGUAAAUUUCCUCAGGCAGCAAAUCGAAGAGGUCAAGGCGCAGGCUAGCGAUUACUUUCAGUUCGAGGUUGACGUGCAAUUGGCAACGGGCAGUUAUGUGCACUGGUCCAUGGUCAACAUGUACCAAUCGAUACAGAAUGUUGUGGUCAAAAUGAGCGCCAAAGAUUCGACCAGCGAGAAUUACCUGCUUAUCAAUAGUCACUACGACAGUGUGCCCGGCAGUCCUGGAGCUGGAGAUGCAGGCUCUAUGAUCGUUGUCAUGUUGGAGGUAAUGAGGGUGAUAGCCAAGUCGAAUGGACCUCUGAAACAUCCCAUAGUGUUCCUAUUCAAUGGAGCAGAAGAGAAUCCGCUACAAGCAUCGCAUGCCUUUAUUACUCAGCACAAGUGGGCCAAUAAUUGCAAAGCUUUGAUAAAUUUGGAUGCUGCUGGCAGUGGUGGUCGGGAAGUGCUAUUUCAAUCUGGACCUGAGCAUCCAUGGUUGAUGCGUUAUUACCGGAAAGUGCCACAUCCAUUUGCCACAUCCAUGGGAGAGGAGAUUUUCCAAGCGGGCAUUAUUCCGUCCGACACAGACUUUCGCAUCUUCAGAGACUAUGGAGGAGUACCUGGAUUCGACAUGGCCUAUAUUUUCAAUGGAUACGUCUACCACACUGAAUAUGAUCGAGUCAAUAUCAUCUCCAAACGGUCCUUGCAAAAUACUGGCGAUAAUGUAGUGGUCUUGGCGAAGGGUGUUGCAAAUGCACCAGAAAUGGACAAUCCAGAGGAUCAUGCAGAAGGACAUGUUAUAUUUUAUGAUUUUCUUGGUUGGUUCAUGGUCUUCUACACCCAGACCAUAGGGAUUGUCAUCAAUGUGGUCGUAUGCGUUAUAGCCUUGCUGGCCAUUGCCGUCUCUCUGUUCUUUAUGCACGCCAGAUCGGGACUGCCCAUGAAGGGGGUUUUGAUGCGUUACUUAACUAUUUUUGCCAUACAAAUUGUUUCCUUGGCCCUGGCUGCGGGUUUAACAGCUUUGGUGGCCGUCUUCAUGGACGGAGUGGGAAGGCCUUUGACGUGGUUCUCGGAAACCUGGAUGCUGAUAGGGCUCUAUUUCUGUCCCAUGUUCUUUGGAAUGGGCAUACUACCGGCUUAUUAUCUAGAGAAGACGAAAAAGGAUAAACUAAGUUUGGGCUUCCGCAUUCAGUUGUUCAUGCACUCCCAUUGUCUGUUUUUGAUCAUACUGACCAUAGUAUUGACCAGCAUUGGCUUGCGGUCAUCGUUUAUGUGUAUGAUGGCUGUUCUGUUCGAUAUUGCCGCACUUAUUAUCAAUCUCAUCACUAAAUGGCACCGGAGAGCCUACUGGUUUGCCAUCGCUGCAAUGAUCUGUCAAAUUCUACCCUUUCUUUAUUAUACGUCCAUCGCUCAUGCCACAUACUUUACAAUGAUUCCAAUGGCUGGACGAUCCGGUUCGGGCUCUAAUCCGGAUCUGUUAAUAGCGGGAAUUGCCAUUUUUAUGGCACUACUGUUUGCUGGAUUUAUUAUACCAUUAUUUUUCUUCUUCCGUAAGACACGUACGAUAAUCGGUUCAUUCUUGGCCAUCACCAUACUAUUCAUUAUAAUCGCUGUUACCCCCGCAGGCUUUCCUUACAAAGCAAAGACGGCAACCCAAAGAUAUUCGUUAAUUCAUGUACAGAGAACUCUCCACAAUAGUGACGGCAGUGUGCGUCUCCAUGAGUCAGGAAUUUAUGUCUACCCCCAAGAUCGCAAUAGGGAUAGUGCGGAUGAAUAUAUCAAAGCUAUAGGAGAGAAGCAUAAGGUCAGCGAAUAUUGCGAUGCGGAAAUGUUUUGUGGCAUGCCUUUGUACAACCACAGAUGGCACAAGGCUAGAGAGCGCAGUUUUUGGAUACCCACCGAGGAAGAUCCUAAUUUACCUGGACCAAGACCGACACUUACACUUACGAACAGCUAUAAGUUGGAUUCCGAUGAGACUAAACGAUUCGAGUUUAAUUUGCAAGGUCCCGAUCAUAUGACCAUUUUCAUAUGCCUCAAGGGAGAUGCCAAAAUUUUCAACUGGUCUUUCAAUGACACAAUGCUGCGAGAGCAAUGGGAGCAACCCUAUUUCAUUUAUUUUUCAUAUGGCAAAGAUGAAAGUCGAGCUCUAGACUUUAGCGUCGAUGUUGAGAAGGCCAGCGGGUCUUUCGAAAUGCCCUCCUUGGAAAUUGGCAUUGGUGGCCAUUGGAUACAUCAGAAGAUAGUGCGCACCCCAAAGUAUCAACAGUUUGUGGAAAGUUUCCCCGAAUACUCGAGCGUUAACGAUUGGAUAGCGACAUACGAAAGCUGGUACUUUUAAGUUCGAUCACAGCGUAGGUUAGGCUUCUUGAAUUUCAUUAUCAUUCGAUUGUCAGUCCAUGAUGGCAGACAAACCUUAAUCAAAUAAAAUUUAUUUAUUAUACACACAUCUAGUAAAUUAGGACAUAGACAUAAACAUGUUUAUACUAUGGAAAGAAUUUGUAAGAUUUUACUUUUAAUUUGAGCAAAAAUAAAGAGGGCAUUGCUGAGGCCAUCCGAUAA